AUGACGGCCAGCAUAAGAGCCACGCACGUCGCCUGCGCGGCCAGCAUGCCGAGCCACAGGCCCUCAAAGUCGAACCCCGCGUAGAAGGCGAGGACCAUGGCGACGGGCAUGCCCACGCCGUAGAAGGACCCCAGGUUGAUGUUCGCACCGGCGCGCGGCCUCGCGCUCCCCCGCAGCACGCCGCAGCCCGUCGUCUGCGGGCAGUUGCCGAGCUCGCAGAGGCCGAUGAUCGGGAGCACCGCCGCCGUCAGCCCAAUGAUGCUGGGGUCCGCCGUGAACAUGGCCGCCCACGAGUGUCGCACGGACAUGGCGAAGCCUAGCGCGGUGAGGCCUAGCACGAAACUGCAGGAGAGGCCGACGAGGGCGGAGGUCCGCGCCUUGCUGGGACGGUUGGCUCCGAGCUCGUUCCCGACGCGGGUGGAGACGCCGAAACUGAGAGAGGAGGGGAAAAUGUAUAUGAAGGCGGUGGUCUGGAUGAGGAUACCCAUGGAGGCCACGGUCGCUUUGGGGUUGGCCAGCAGCCCGCAGAGAAGUAUCAUGAUCUCGUACCACCACCACUCGAGGCAGACCGAGAUACAGCUGGGAACCGCCAGGUUAAGCAGGGAUCUCCAGCCCUGGAAGACCUCCGCCGUCAGCAGUUUGAAGCCCCCCGUCCGGUGGUAUACGCCGGAGAAGUGGACGUAG